CAUAAGGCCAUUGCUUUUUUGAGUGAUAGAUCAAGUGAAACAGCUGAGGACAGCAGCUUUUGCCUCCAUAGAGUUAAAACAAGGUACUGCAGCCUUUUUCAGGCACAGAGCACAGGAUAUGAGGCACUGGGCAGAAGGCUUCUCAUGCUAGGUGCUGGCUCUUCUUCCUCUCCACCUGCUCCAUAGGGCAGACAUGAGUCCAUGUCUCUGAACUAGCUUUCAACAAUAAGGAGGAUGAAAAUGUUAAUUCUGGCCUCUUCUAAAAUUCAUAUACUUUACAGGCUCUGUGUCUGAGGGUAACAUGGGGGUCAAACUGAGGCAGUCUGGACCUAACACAAGUGAGCAGAGCACAAGGCAUAUAACAAAGCAAAACCAAAAUCCUCAUCACUAUUACAGUGAACAGGGACUGGAGAAAAAGAAAAACAGGAGGGAAAAGAAAAAAUCGGGGAGGUUGUGCCCACCUAACCUUGCCUGGAUACACAGUGUUUUCACUCUGUAUCAGUCAUGGAUCAUGUAUAAAUUGAAACCUCUGCUUGAAGGACUGCAAAGUGAUGCUAGGAUGCUAGACAGCAUGAGCUAAGGCUGUGAAAAUUCUUUCUGCCAGUGGCCUCAGCUGACCUUGUGCUUUUUGGCUCUCAGUGCCUUGGUUUCCCCAUCUACACACUAAGCUCUUUGUAAAGAGUCAUUUGUAGCAGGCAGGAUGAGGGGAACUGCCUGCACUUAGCUAAACUUAUGAUUUUGCUGGUUCAUUUCCUUUAGAAAUAAAACAUGGGAGGGAAAAGCAUCCAAAAUCUGCAGAGGACAGAGGCGAGGCAGGCUGGAGCAGCAGGACAAGAACUUUCCCAUCAGACUUGUGAGAAGUGGCUUAUUUGAGAAACACUUUGGGACCCAGCUCAAGUCCCAGACCUGAGAGCAGGCAGUGGGCAAGCGCAGAGUUGGAGCUUACACUGUUUUUUUUUGUUAGAUAUAAAAGGCUUAGGUGGAUCAAUGCUAACCACAGUGCCUGGAAUGUGGAUGAGGGGAGCUGUGCAGAGAGCAGAGCCUGCCAUGGGACAGGCAGCCCAAAUCUUCCUGUCACUGCUCAGCCUAAUAGCAACUAUUUGUGAUGCCCAGGACACCUGCCCAGACUGUCUUCAUUUCUCAGAGGUGAGAAUAGUGGGACUUGGUGAUGCUGACCAGCUUGCCAUUCUCCAAGGAUGCCCAGGAAACCCAGGUGCCUCUGGUCCAAAAGGAGAACCAGGUCUCCCAGGAACAAAAGGAGAAAGGGGAGCCCAGGGACUCCCUGGGAAAGCGGGACCACCUGGUGUAAAAGGUUCAGCUGGAGAGCCUGGCUUCCCAGGUAAAUUAGGAAUGAAAGGAGAACCUGGAUUUCCAGAAACCUGGGAAGCCAGGAACUGCCAAGAGCUGUUGGGUAGAGGCAAGAUCCUGAGUGGCUGGUACACCAUCUAUCCCCAAGGCUGCAAUGCCACCACCGUCUUCUGCGACAUGGACACCGAUGGCGGAGGGUGGAUUGCCUGUGGUUCUCCUUUCCUGCAGGUUUUCCAGAGGCGGUGGGAUGGGUCAGUGAACUUCUUGCGAGACUGGGAUUCAUACAAACGAGGCUUUGGCAACCAGCUGACUGAGUUCUGGCUGGGGAAUGACAACAUCCACUUCCUCACCUCACUGGGACUCUCUGAACUCCGCAUUGACCUGAGAGACUUUGAAAACAACUACUAUUUUGCCAAAUACUCUUCAUUCAGAGUCUUAGGAGAGUCUGAGAAAUAUAAACUGGUUCUAGGAGACUUCCUUGGUGGAAAUGCUGGAGACUCCUUAUCAUACCACAAGGACAUGCCAUUUUCAACCACAGAUGAGGACAAUGACAUGAGCUCCUUUAACUGUGCGAUGGAAUACAAGGGAGCAUGGUGGUACAAUGACUGCCAUUACUCUAACCUGAAUGGGAUGUACUGGUUGGGUGUUCACGGGAGCUAUGCUGAUGGCAUUAACUGGAAGACAGGCAAAGAAUACCAUUAUUCCCAUAAGCGAACAGAAAUGAAAUUCAGGCCAGUUUAACAUGGCAAGAGAAUGUCUGACUACCACCAUCAGGUGCCAUUUAACAGCCUAGAGUAGGCACAAAACAAUGUUGAGGGCAAAACUGGACCAGGAUGGAUAUUACAGGUUGUGCCUUCAGGUUAGAGCAGACUUUUAGAGACCACAAAAGACUGGUGCUGAUUUGAACUCCUGUAAGCACAAAACUCUCACCCUGGACUAUCCCCAGCAGCCCCACAAAUGCUGACUGAGCCUGAGCAUCUUUUUCUGAAAAGUGCAUUGCCUUGAUUUAAAGUGAAGGUGAGGCUACAGCGUCUCAGUAAAGCUUUCAGAUAUUGUCACUCUAAACGGUGAUUACUGGCAAUUUUCGGUCUUUCCACAUACAUGAAGCUUCCAGUGCUCUUGCAGCCUGUUUUUCUGUUGGACCCAAGAGCCAUAUGAAAGGCACUGAAU